UUGAAUUUCCAUUGCCUGUUUUUGUUCCCAGUUAAAUUCUGUUAAGCAGCUGGGUUAGGUAGGCCAUUUGUGGUCGAAAUAGGCGAGAUAUUUGGUUAGUUUAAACAACUUCAAUAUCAAUUCAAACGGUGUUUGGACUAUAACGCAGAGCCAUGUCUAAACGCGCUUCUUUUCACACACAACUGUCCUCCAUCAUGGAAAUACUGUCUAGAACCGCAAUGGCUCAUGUGUGCAAACUGGUUGACGACGAGUACGCAGGAAUAUCUCUAGAAAAUGAGGCUCUCACUGAGAAAUUGCAUAGUCUGGAAAGUGAACUGACAAUUGUGAAAAGCACAGCACCCAAGCUGGCAGGAAACUAUCGCUCUGUUGGUGUUCAAACUGGUGAAACAAUCAACAGAGUAGACAGAGGGCUAAACGGAUCCCCCACCAUCGAAGGAAUAUUUGGGAAGGAAUGGUGCCUUGAUCUAUGGAACCAUGGGGAUCCCAACAGCACAGAGAACAGUCUGCAGCACAAUGCCAACUCAACGGGGGUGCCUUCAGGCCAAGCUGAUGUUAAAGAGGAGGAUUUUGAGGUGGAAAUCAUAAACAGCAGAUACCCACAGGAAAGACCAACAAUAAUUUUAGACGGAGAUGACGACUUAGUGGACAAUGGAAGAGAAGGGCCCUCCAACGAGUAUCCAUCCUUUCAUUCCUUCCUCCAGGACAGGCCAGAGAGACGGGAUAAACAGGUACUGGAGAUGUCUACUACGGAUGUCUCCACAGGACACACUUUACGUUUCAUAUCCAUCGAUGGAGUGGAGGAGGAAUACGGCGAACAUGUCUUUCCCAUUGAGGACGAUGAGUUCCUACCAGACGAUACCGAGCUGUUGCCCAACGAAGGACAAGAUGAACACAUCACAAAGCCAACGUAUGCAAAGAAGUCUUUAGCAAAGUCAAAAAGCAAAGCUGGAAAGACUGCUGGGAAGACUUUCAGUUACUUUAACAGGUUUAACUUGCACUCCCAUAGUAAAUCCGACACAAACAAGUUAAGUUGCGUGAUUUGUAAGAAGACUUUCUUGCGGCAGAACCAUCUGACAAUGCAUAUGAAAUCUCACAAGUCGCUGUACUGCAGUGUGUGUAAAAACUAUUAUCCUGGGAAAACUCAGCUCAAAAAACACAAAUGUGUCUCUCUCGAUGAUCUGGCCUCGAACAGCUCAAAGUACUUUUGCCAUUACUGCGGCAAGUCUUUCAGCUGUCCGUCAAGCAUGAGGAUACACCACCUGGUGCACACUGGAGAGAGACCCCACACGUGCACUGUCUGCGGGAGAGGAUUCGCACAGAAGGGCAAUCUGAAAUGUCACAUGCGCCUUCACACUGGUGAGAAACCGUUCAAAUGCCUCACAUGCGAAGUUGGUUUCACCCAGAAAGUAUACCUCACUCAGCACUUGGCCAAAGCUCACGGUCAAAAGGAAGAAAAUAAGAAAAAGAAGAAGGACCAAGUGCACAAAUGUUCUAAGUGUCCGUUGUCUUUCAUCAAUCAGCAACUGCUCCAAACACACAUGGCUGUUCAUAAAAAUAAAUGAAGUAUUUUUGGCUGAUUGCAAUACUCUUGACUUAAAGGGGCAAACUGCAGUUGUUACAUCCAUUUUUGGACACUUUGGUUUUAUUUGUCUGAAUUCGCUACAACACUAGCAGGAUGUAUUAGUCUAUCUGGUAUGAUUUACCUACAAUAAAAGUAAAUUACGAAGUUUUAUUUUGCAAAGAACGUGGUGCAUUGCACAAUUUAUAAGUACUGUAAUGUUCACCUACCACUAGCCUAUGUUCUAUAUUUUAGGCUAAAGGAAUGGACCUGCCAAUGUUUGGUGCAAGAUGGCAGUUGGUACUGUAUCUGCAUUGUCCUCUGUAUACAUUGGUACAAAUUACAUAAGAUAUCAUUAAAUGGAUGUUUUCAA